GGCUCACCGCCAUCAGGUUCCCUGGCUCACUUAUCGGGUAGAGCAGGGCACACUCACCCCUCCGUCAAGCACGGGUUUCGAGGGCAGAAUUCCGGAACCGUGGUGAAAAAUCCUGAGCCUUGACAAAACUAGCGCGGAGAACUUCGAAUUGGGUUUUCCCGGCGGACUUCUCUUGCCAUGGCACCGCCUCUGCUACUUCCGCUAGGAACCCGGAAGUAUCUUCCAAACGCCGGAAGUCCCACGGCCUUGCUUCCUCAGAGUCUUCCCCGACCCCGACGCGGAGACUUGUUUCCGGCCCCAGGUGAGCGCCGGCUCGGCUCUCCGUGGGCUCCGGAGCGGUGUUGCGGGAGCACCGUCCUCCCGGACACCGGCUCCGGGAGCUCGUGCUGGGGCCGCGCCAGAAGAGAUCCGAUCUGGGCGCGAGGCCGGUGCGGGACCAUGAACGGGACCGCGAACCCGCUGCUGGACCGCGAGGAGCAUUGCCUGCGGCUCGGGGAGAGCUUCGAAAAGCGGCCACGGGCCUCCUUCCACACCAUUCGCUAUGAUUUUAAACCAGCAUCUAUAGACACAUCCUGUGAAGGAGAGCUUCAAGUUGGCAAAGGAGAUGAAGUCACAAUUACACUGCCACAUAUCCCUGGAUCCACACCACCAAUGACUGUGUUCAAGGGGAACAAACGGCCUUAUCAGAAAGACUGUGUGCUUAUAAUUAAUCAUGAUACUGGUGAAUAUGUGCUGGAAAAACUCAGUAGCAGCAUUCAGGUCAAGAAAACAAGAGCUGAGGGGAGCAGUAAGAUCCAGGCCCGAAUGGAACAACAGCCCACUCGUCCCCCGCAACCCUCACAGCCACCACCUCCUCCGCCACCACCCAUGCCGUUCAGAGCACCAACGAAGCCUCCGGUUGGACCCAAAACUUCUCCCUUGAAGGAUAACCCCUCACCUGAACCUCAGCUGGAUGACAUCAAAAGAGAGCUGAGGGCUGAAGUCGACAUCAUCGAGCAGAUGAGCAGCAGCAGUGGCAGCAGCUCCUCAGACUCUGAGAGCUCCUCGGGAAGCGAUGACGACAGCUCCAGCAGCGGAGGCGAGGACAACGGCCCGGCCUCCCCUCCCCAGCCUUCACACCAGCAGCCCUACAACAGCAGGCCCGCUGUCACCAAUGGAACCAGCCGGCCACAAGGAAGCAACCAGCUCAUGAACACACUCAGAAAUGACUUGCAGUUGAGCGAGUCUGGCAGUGACAGUGAUGACUAGCGCCGGAUCUUUCGAAAUCUACUUUCUGGUGCAAGAACCUGCUGCAAGACCGGGCUGCUUUUGCAUGGAGUCCGUGCCAGGAGGAACGUGUUGUGGAUCAGUGCCUGUAGUAGGAGUUGAGGCUUUGGAGCGCUCAGAUAUUCAAGUCUUUAACUUAGUGGUGAUGGGUGAUUUUCUCAUGUAAUUUUUGAACAAUCUCUUAUUUCAAAGUUUAAGUAGAUCUAUAGAAGAACUAACAGAAUUAUAUUUCUAUUUGGUUAACACUGUUAAUGAAGAAUAGACAAAUGUGCCUGGGUUACUCAAAGGCACUGUCUUCAUCAGGCCAAUGGAUUGGUUUUAAACCUCCGCAGCCAUCCAUUUGGCCUAGUGGUUUGUACCAGUGAGGUGAAAGUCUGAAGGGUCAGGAGGGAGAGGGAAACCUCAAACUGCAUCAUAGAAAUACGCAUAGAAAUCAUAGAAGUAUGGCGAAAACCACUUUAAAUUGUUGACUCAAAGUGGUAAGGAAGCUUGUCUGACCCAGCCUGACAAGAAGUGGACUUCAGUGGAGUCCCCAAGUGUCAGCUGGGUGGGGAACCUUGAGCUCUGCCAGCUCAGUCCCCUCAUUUACAGACUAGCAAAGGAAAGCACACAGCUGGCUAUGGCCAGUCUCCUGCCCCAGUCCAGGGUCUCCUUCCUGCUCCCUCCCAGAAUUUCUCUUAGUGGAAUCAAGAGAUGCUGAUACAUGGAACUUUUAGCUGUACACUGGCACUUUUAUUUAAUUCCAAAAGACAAAAGCACGGAGUUGAAUUCCGAUCCAGACAGUCCUUAAGUACGCAGCUGAGUGAGCAGAUUAAACCAGCAGCCACAGUGCUCAUGCACGUGUCUCAUGUCAGACUGAGGCUUUUCGUUCCAUGUAUUCCAUCCUAGGUGAUGUUCAUUCAGUGGGUUUUGACAGGGGUGGGAGGUAGGAGUGGAAGAGAGGUAUAGUAAAGAAACCUCUCCGAACAAACAGAACCAGCAGGAAGUUUCCAAAAACCAGAGCCUAGAUAGGAGUUCUGCAAUAUGGAAUGAGCACAUUCUUUGAUAAGGUUUUUCUGUUUUAUGCUUUUGUACCACUGUUCGUGCCUGACUUCCAGACUGACUUGUGUUUUUAUAUAAAAGCAGAAGAAAGUCACAAGAUUGCCUUCAACAGUGUGCAGUUUCCAAAUGAAUCUGUUGUUGCUGGAAACUGGUCGCUAGUAAAUGUCCCAUAUUGAGCGAGUGUGUGGUGAACUGUCUAGCGCUACGUUUCGAGCAGCCCAUUUGUACAACUUGAAUGGCUGUGUCCUAAGGAGUUUCUGUCUGUUUUGGUUCAGUGGGCAUCAAGAAAUUAACUAUUUCCCUUCCUUGGGUUCCUCUACUCAGAUGACCUCUCUCUCCCUAGCUAGUAGAGGGAUGCAUUCUGGACCUAGAGAAGAAAGGGGUGGCCCAUGUGUGGGCUUUGAUCAGAGCUGUACCUUACAGGUCAGUUGUUUCAUCCACACAGUGACUCCAGUGAGCUGGAGGUGGGACAGGAGCUGUUAACCCAGCAGCACACCUGCACCGCUCUGCCCAAGUGUAGGCAGUAGUUGUGGCUGGCACCUCGUGGUGGGGUCUUAGCCCUUGAUGAGGGCUCAGUGGAUUCAGUGGCAGGUAGGAACUAACCUCCAGUGAACUGAUAAUUGCUUUAUAGUUACUCAGUGAUGACAGCUCAGGGAAGGUGAAGGUCAUGAUUGGGAGACUUGAAUUGUUACUGGAUGUGGGAUUGUUUCACUGCUCUUAACUUGCUCAAAGUGGGGCAGGUUCCAGGAACUUGAAUGAAAAAUAUCUAUUUAAGCACCCUCUUCCCUGGUUUUUCCUCCCAAAGCCUUGUUUUCUGUAGACAGCACUAUGUGAUUUUUGGCAUGUUGGACUGAUACUUGUUUCUAUAGGAAAUACUUGCAUGUGGCACUGGGCUUGGUGAGUGAAGCUUUCCGAGCUUCACACCCUCUCUUCUGUCAUCUGUCCCACCCAGCACUGCCUGGUGAUUCCCUAGCAUGGCUCUGGGUUUCGUUCCCUGUGCAAAGCCUUCAGUACUUUUGUUCCCCCAUUCCCCCCAGCCCCCGACCCCCCAACUUUCCCCACCAGAGUAAGGAAUCUUUUCUUUUCCGGAAACGUGUUCUCACAGAUGAUUUCUCACAAGUAUCCUCCUGCCAGCCAAACUGGAUUUUUUUCUUCCUGUCUCUGUGCCUUCUCUCUCUCCUGCUCCUCUCCCCGACUCCAGGCCCCACUUGAGAGAAUCAGUAGGCACCAUCUUCAUGGAUUCUUCCUCUGCUCGCCUCACACCCCGGUGAAGUGCCCCGUGUGCACAAACCGACCGUUCUCUUGCUUGAACUCUGGGUUGGUGUGAGCUCCUUAAAAUCAGGGACUGUCAUCACAGGCUGUUCAGGUGCUUAUAGUCCCACGGGGUAGGAGGCAGAGAAGACUAGCCAGUAAACCCAAGAGAACAGACAUAAAGAAAGCACUCCCGGCAUUUGGCAUGUGGUCAUAUGAUGCCCAUGCCGAAGUCUCUUAACUGACUUAAGUUGCUGCUUCUUUAUGCAGUGUCUCUUCUGUGGGUCAUUUAGGCAGGUGAAAGAUGACGUCUGGAGUGUCUGAGGAGCCAUGGCAAGCCUUAGUAAAACGUGAUUUCGGGAAAUGUAAUACAUAUGAACUAGAGAUUUCUAAUAAUGCCACUCAUCAUUUUAUUUCUGUAGCAGAAUUGUUUUUUCUAUGUGGUUUGCUUCAGUGUAGGAAGACUUGAAAAUUCCAAAAUUCUUACUUCCCUAUUAGAGAGGCUGAUUCAGCAGCGUGUGUGUGUGUGUGUGUGUGUGUGUGUGUGUGUGUGUAUGAAGUAUUUAUUCCUUUAUUUUGAAAGAUAAUUAUUUGUCUGUUAUGUGGCUAUAUAUUAGGUACAGCCAAACUGGAUAUUUCCAUUUGGCAAGGAACGUAGGAUUUCUGAAACUCAGGCCUUAACCAGUAGGUUGGAAGACAAGACCAAUUGAAGUGUUAUGAAAUAUGUGUUUUUGUUGCUUCUGUUAUUUCUGUCUUGGGUUCAUGUCUCAUUCUUUCAUGAUUUUUUAAGUCUUGUGCCUAAAAGUUCAUUUUGCUUAAUUAUGAAAUAGACAUGCAUGUUACAUUUAUGUAAAAUAUUUGCAGUGUAGAGUUUUUUUUUUGUUUAUUCUAUUAAA